UCUAUGACAACUACCAACCCUCUGCCCACAGCCACUAAUACGUUACCAUCAUUCACCAGUAGCGUUUCAUCUUCUAUGCCUGUCCCAAGUACAGAAGCGAUCACCAGUGGUACCACAAACACCACCCCUUUGUCUUCCUUGGUGACCACAUUAUCCAAUUACGACACCAGUUCUACACCUGCAUCUGAGACCACCUACCCUACUUCUCUUACUAGUGCUCUCACAGAUUCCACGGUCAGAACCACCUAUUCCACCAGUAUGACCGGUACAUUGUCCACUGUGACCUCUCUCCGACCCACCUCUUUGUCUCUUCCAACCACAGUAACAGCCACAGUUCCUACAACAAACUUGGUAACCACGACCACCAAGACCACCUCACACAGUACUCCUAGCUUCACUUCAAUCACAACCACCGAGACCACCUCACACCGUACUCCCAGCUUCACUUCUCCAAUCACGACCACUGAGACCCCCUCACACAGUACUCCUAGCUUCACUUCCUCAAUCACUGUCUUGGAGACCACAUCACACAGUACUCCCAACUUCACUUCUUCAAUCACCACCAGUGAGAGCCCCUCACACAGUAUUCCCAGCUUCACUUCUUCAAUCACCACCACCGAGACCCCUUCACACAGCACUCCCAGCUUCACUUCUUCAAUAACCACCACUGACACACAGCACUCCCAGCUUCACUUCUUCAAUAACCACCACUGAGACUACCUCACACAGUACACCCAGUUACAC